CCUCAUAACAUAGAAAAGAUGUUCAUGUUCUCAACUUGCAUAAACCAACUAAAAGCCCAACCCCUAUGGAUACUUCUUCUCUCCUCUCUUGGCUUCCUCUCUAUCCUCAAACACACCAUCUCUCUCCUCAAAUGGCUCUUCAUCACACUCCUACGGCCUCCCAAAACCCUCAAGAACUACGGUUCUUGGGCUCUCAUCACUGGCUCCACUGACGGCAUUGGAAAGGCCUUUGCUUUCCAACUGGCCCAAAAUGGCCUAGACCUCAUCCUGGUCAGCAGAAACUCCCCAAAACUCAACUCAGUCUCGAGUGAGAUUCAAGCUAAGUACCCACGUACGAAAGUGAAGGUGGUGGUGGUAGAUUUUUCGGGCGAUGUCAAGGAGGGAGCCGGAGCGGUGGAGGAGGUGGUGAGAGGGUUGGACGUGGGUAUUUUGGUGAAUAAUGUGGGUGUUUCGUACCCGGCGGCGAGGUUCUUCAGCGAGGUGGAGGAGGAGGUGUGGAGGAAGGUGGUUAGGGUAAAUUUGGAAGGUACGACUAGAGUUACAAGAGCAGUUUUAGGAGGGAUGGUCGAAAGGAAGAGAGGUGCUAUUGUUAGCAUUGGCUCCGGUGCGGCUAUUGUUGUGCCUUCUCAUCCUCUCUAUGCUAUCUAUGCUGCUACCAAAGCAUAUAUUGAUAAAAUUUCAAGAUGCCUGUACGUGGAAUACAAGCAGUUUGGGAUAGAUGUGCAGUGCCAGGUACCGUUAUAUGUUUCGACGAAAAUGGCUUCUCGAAUCGCAUUGAUUGAAAGAUCGUCAUUCUUCAUCCCAUCAGCCGAUAAUUAUGCACAAGCCGCGGUUCAACAGAUCGGAUAUGGACCAAGGUGCACUCCUUACUGGACACACUCAGUCCAGUGGUUCCUUGCUUCGUUACUGCCGGAAUCCGUCCUCGAUUGGUGGCGGCUGUCCAUCGGAAUCAGAAGGCGGGAAAUGUCGUUACACGACGAAUAAUUAAUCUGAGUCCGAUUUAGCUCCAGUUGGUAGCUAUAAUUGAAUAAUCUCGCCCAGUUUCAAUUUGAUAUUAUUUGGCCUGAUUUUCUUUGUUGCUUAUAGUUGUUGGUAGAGAGAAAAUGGAUGAAAAUUGACGUAAACUUACACCAUUUGAUUUCCCAUAUAUCCGGUUCCCUGGUGUGUUUCUCUCGA